AUGCGACUCUCCUCCAACACCUUUAGCUUCUACUUCAACCACAGCAGCUGCCCCUACGACAACCGCUGCAGCCCUAACUACAACAACUGUUGCUCCUACGACCACUACAACUCUAGAACCUACUCCUACGUCUGCUACAACUGCAGAACCUACCACGACAACCAGUGCAUCUCCUACUACAACAUCUGCUGUUCUUAUGACCACUACGACUGCAGCACCAUCUACAACAACUACAACUUCUGCUCCUGCAACAACCACAACAGCACCUACUACAACACCUGCAGUUCCUACAACUGUAGCUCCAGCUACCACUACACCUGUUGUACUUACUACAACAAUCACAACUACAACUCCAGCUACAACAACUGUAGCUUCUACGUCAAGCACAGCAGCUGCCUCUAUGAUAACCACUGCAGCUCUAACAAAAACAAGUGCUGCUCCGACGACCUCUACAUCUCCAGAACCUACUCCGACAGAACCUACUCUUACGACUGCUACGACUGCAGAACCUACCACAACAACCACGAACCUACCACAACAACAACGGCAGCUCCUACUACAACAUCUGCUGUUCUUACGACCGCAACUACUGCAGCACCUUCUACAACAACUACAACUUCAGCUCCUACAACAACCACAACAACAGCACCUACUACAACACCUGCAGUUCCUACAAGUGUAGCUCCAGCGACCACUACACCUGAUGUACUUACUACAACAAUCACAACUUCAGCUCCUGCAACAACACCUGUAGCUUCUACGUCAACCACAGCAGCUGUCUCUACGUCAACCACUGCAGCUCUAACUAAAACAACUGCUGCUCCAACGACCACUACAACUCCAGAACCUAUUACGACAGAACCUACUCGUACGACUGCAGAACCUACCACAACAACCAAUUUAGCUCCUACAGCAAACAUUGUUGUUCUUACAACCGCAACAACUGCAGCAUCUUCUACAACAACUACCACAACAGCACCUACUACAACACCUGCAGUUCCUACAACUGUAGCUCCAGCGACCACUACACCUGAUGUACUUUCUACAACAAUCAUAACUACAGCUCCUGCUACAACCACUGUAGCUUCUACGUCAACCACAGCAGCUGUCUCUACGACAACCACCUCAGCUCUAACUAAAACAACUGCUGCUCCAACGACCGCUACAACUCCAGAACCUAUUACGACAGAACCUACUCCUACGACUGCUACGACUGCAGAACCUACCACGACAGCAACGGCAGCUCCUACUACAACAUCUGCUGUUCUUACGACAGCAACUACUGCAGCACCUUCUACAACAAGUACAACUUCAGCUCCUACGACAACCACAACAACAGCACCCACUACAACACCUGCAGUUCCUACCACUGUAGCUCCAGCGACCACUACACCUGAUGUACUUACUACAACAAUCAUAACUACAGCUCCUGCUACAACAACUGUAGCUUCUACGUCAACCACAGCAGCUGUCUCUACGCCAACCACUGCAGCUCUUACUACAACAACUGCUGCUCCAACAACCACUACAACUCCAGAACCUGCGACGUCAGAACCUACUCGUACGACUGCAAAGACUGCGGAACCUACCUCAACAACCACUUUAGCUCCUACAACAAACAUUGUUGUUCUUACGACCGCAACAACUGCAGCACCUUCUACAACAACCACAACAACAGCACCCACUACAACACCUGCAGUUCCUACCACUGUAGCUCCAGCGAACUGCGGAACCUACCUCAACAACCACUUUAGCUCCUACAACAAACAUUGUUGUUCUUACGACCGCAACAACUGCAGCACCUUCUACAACAACCACAACAACAGCACCCACUACAACACCUGCAGUUCCUGCAAGUGUAGCUCCAGCGACCACUACACCUGA